AUGAGGAGGAUCAUGGUCAACACGGGGAGCUCGACCGACAUACUCUACUUCGACGCCUUUCAGAAGCUGGGCUUGGCCAGGGAGAACCUGAGCCCGAUGUGCUCGACGCUCACCGAUUUCACGGGAGAUUCAAUAUCACCCCUGGGGGCCAUUGCUUUGCCCUUGACUCUGGGGACCCCGCCGAAGUCGAAAACGGUGAUGACCACUUUCCUGGUGGUCGACCUCCCUACCGCCUACAAUGCCAUACUCGGUCGGCCGACCCUCAACAAGUCGGGGAAGCCACAGGAAGCCCCCGAGAAUCCAGGCGGUGCUACCUUACCGCCGUAUCAUUGGGCAAGAAAGCCAGGACCGAGUCACCCCUGGCAGAUUCGCGGGAAACGAAAAAAACUGACUCCUCAUCCCAAGCCGAGGGGGUCCACCGUUGACAUUCCUUUGAUAGAAGCCCGACCAGACCAGACCGUGAAGAUCGGAUCGGAGCUACCAGAGCGGGAACGGGAGCAGCUCGUCGGUCUCCUACGGGAAAAUGCCGACGUCUUCGCCUGGUCCCCAUCGGACAUGACGGGUGUCGACCCAGAGAUCGCGGAGCACCACCUCAACAUCCCACCUGACGCUCGCCCAGUGAAACAAAAGGCCCGGCGCCAGGCCCCUGACCGACAACGUGCAAUACAAGAGGAGGUGGACCGGCUCCUGGCCGCGGGCUUCAUAGAAGAAGCCAAAUAUUCUCAGUGGCUGUCCAAUGUAGUCCUCGUGAAGAAACACAAUGGAAGCUGGAGGAUGUGUGUUGACUACACCAGUCUCAACGAUGCAUGCCCUAAAGACUGCUACCCCCUCCCGAAGAUCGACCAGCUGGUCGACGCAACGGCCGGUCACGCGCGACUCUCUUUUAUGGACGCCUACUCAGGGUACAACUAGAUCAGGAUGGCGCCCGGAGACAGAGAGCACACGGCCUUCCUUACCAAUCAAGGCGUGUACUUCUACAAAGUCAUGCCGUUCGGGCUGAAAAAUGCUGGGGCCACAUACCAAAGAACGGUAAACAAGAUGUUCGCCUAUCAAAUAGGGAGAAACAUGGAGGUCUACGUGGACGACAUGAUCGUGAAAAGCCAAGA